AUGUCCGCGGGCCAACAUUCCAACGGCAAAGUCACCUCUUGCUUGCGGUUUGCUAGAUCCGAUGAGGGAAAUGGGUAUGGACACAACCCAGAGGGAGACACAAAGCCAAUGUUUGUGUACGCAUGUCUUGUUGACAACUUGGACGUCUUGAAGAGCAAGGCAUACGAUGAUGUAAGCCGCGCUCUGAAUUUGGAAACCACAAGGAAGCUCGGCGAGGAUGAAUGCCCAGUAGGAUACAGUGAAGGUUUAGAGCAAGAGGGUAAAGAGCCAAUGGUGUUCGACAUUGUUGAUGCCAAGUUCGCUGUCUAUGAAGAGAUUCCCACAGGAGGCGGACCGACCUUUCAGAACUUACCCCCGGAUUUGCUGUCCCCCUUGGGUACCAUGCUUGCUACACUCUCAACCUACCUGAUUGCAGUAAACGUCGGACUCCCUGCAAGUGCAGGCGAUGACAUGAAGAAAAUAUCCGAAAUGCUGUUGGGACGUCUCAGGAAACUUCUUCCCGCUUACAUCAAAACAUACUCAUCGCUCUACUGCUGGAAAGGCAAGGAGGCUCAGCCAAAGGAUCAUCCGUUCACUGAUGCUGAAAAGAAUGCUGGAUGGAUGUUUAUGAUUUGCGUAUCUGGUGCCAUAGGACCUAUUUCUAACGUUACAGAGUGGUUACCAAAAGAUGUUUUUGAUCGUGCGGUCUCGUCGCUUGGAUACGGUGUCGAUGUCCAGGUAGGAGAGAUGGUAGGACAGGAUGUACCGCGAGGCUAUGGAAUCUGGGAAGGAAACAUUUUCAUGCGUUAG